GCCCCAGAACAACCUCACGAGUCGGUCGAGAGCUGUGGAGACCCUCAUCUCGUGACACUCCAUCCCUGCGAUGUUGCCAAUACAGCAAACUGGUCUGGAGGCAAGAAAUGGCUGUCGACAUUUGUCUUCAGCCUCUUAGUCUUUUGCAUUGCCUUUGCUUCGACAGCAGAUGUUUCAGCAUCACAAAUGACAGCGACGCAUUUUCACACUUCCGCCAAAGUCCUGGUCCUGGAUCGCGCCCUUUAUAUGGUCGGUAUCGCCAUAGGGCCUGUGGUGUGGACUCCAAUGAGCGAUCGCUAUGGUCGAAGGGCGCCGAUGCACGUUGGAUUUAUCACGUUCCUGUUUCUCCAGAUCCCUGUCGCUGUUGCACAGAACCUCGCUGCAGUCUGCAUUUGUAGACUGCUCGCUGGAUUUUUCGGAUGUUCUGUUCUCGUUACUGUUCCCGCGGCCAUGUGGGACAUUUGGGAACCUUCACGGCGCAGCAUGGCCAUGUGUUUACUGGCAACUGGCAUCAUUGCUGGACCAGCUGUGUCUGCCCUGUUUUCCGGAUACAUCGUGCAGAACAGAGCGUUGGGCUGGAGAUGGCCCAGCUGGGUUGUGCUGAUAAGCGGCGCCUUCUUCGGACUCUGCAGCUGGUUGUUUGGUUCCGAGACCUCGUUCAGCUUCAUCCUGCGGCAGAAAGCAAAGAAGCUGGGCCGUUCCACUGGAGACUGGGCACUGCAUGCAACAGCCGACGACCCGGGUAUGAACUUUGCUGUAAUCACGGAGAAUUACAUCUGCAGGCCGUUGACAUUACUUCUAACCGAGCCGAUUUUAUUUUUCAUCACACUAUAUGUGUCUUAUGCAUAUGCGUUGUUGUACCUGCUCGUCGAGAUUUUCCCUUUCACUUACGAAUCAGAACGUCGCUGGACGUCGAGCGCUGCCGGACUACCGUUCAUCGCGGUUAUCAGUGGUGUCCUGCUCGGAUCCCUCGUUGCUUCUCUUUUCCUUGCGAAUCGAUAUACGCCACGACUAAAGAAGUACCAUAGUCCAGAGGAUCUAUUUCUGACAUUUUUGGUUGGGAGCGCAGCUCUUCCUAUCGGACUUUUCCUAUUUGGUUGGACCUCUGCAAGACAUAUCUCAGCAGGCUAUGAAAUCGCCGCCGGCGUGUUCCUGGGUGCUGGAAUCCUUCUCGUCUUCCUCCAAGGUAACAACUACCUCGUCGAAGUAUAUUCGCCAUCGAAUUUCAAUGCAGUCAUUGCAGUGAACACCUCCGUUCGCUCAAUGAUUGCAGCGUCGUUCUGCGCUUUCGCAAGACACAUGUUUGAAGGCAUGAGCGUUGAAUACGCAAGCACGGCACUUGCUCUUGUUAGCAUUGUACUGAUAGCCAUUCCCGUUGUACUCUUCAAGUCCGGUGUGAAAGUGAGAGCGAUGAGCACUUGCACUGCCAAGUUACCUGGCAGCUCACACGAAUCGGGUGAUAAAUGCUGA